AUGACCGAUUACACCUGGAGUACACUGGCAUUGACAGGAUUCAACUUUACAUACACCGAUGCUACUACCUCUAUCUCUCCGUUAAUUUACCGAGGCUACCAGUCCGCCUCCUUCCAACUCUCCAGGCCCAACCCAUCUUUUUGUCCGCGGGUCCUUUUCGACCUCCAAGUCAGCGUGAGUAUUGCUGAAGUAUUUACGAAACCGGAGCUGCUUGUACAAGUUUCUUCUGUCAUAUUCCUCGUUCAAGGCUCACACCUCAUGCACAUGGUUGCACAAGGUCUUCCGCUGCUGGAACGGUGGAGAGUUCAGCAAGUUUGGGCACAUGAGUAUACCAUGCACGGGAUCUAUACUGUCGAUCUGGCCGACACAAGGCCAUUGCCCGAGUCGGAAAGAUAUCGGAAAGAUAUCCCCGCCCGAGGCGCGGGAAGAAAGGACGCGCUUGGACAAGCUCGUCCGUGGCACUUGGGGGUUCCAAUAACCCACAAGUGCAGCAUAGACAGCUGGGAUCAAACAUAA